UGCUUGUUUCUAGUUAUGGCAAUAAAGAAACUGACAACUACAUCAUAGCCAAUUAUCAGAGCAGUCUGCCUGCUCAUCCACAGGCUUUUCUUCAUCAGACUGUACUCAGAUUGCAGAUGCAUGUUGCUAGCUUCUUCCUUCUUAUCAGUGUCUGGAGUAGGAGUGAGUAAAGUUCAUCUCCUAUCAGACAGCAACAAAACUGAAUACAUCUUGCAUGGAGAAGGUGCUACCAUAACUUGUCAUUAUAUAUUGGAUCCAACAGAAAGUGUUACUGCAAUCUAUUGGAUGAAGGAUGGAAAAGAAGUUUAUAUUUGGAGACUUGGGCAAAAGCCACUUCCCAUGGGUGUUCUUAGAGGCCGAGUGAAUGAGAAUAAUUUGUCUACAAGUACAAUAGAAGUUAAAGAAGCUCACAUGGACAUGCAUGGAACCUACACCUGUAAAGUAAUAACCAACAAAGGAAUGGCACAAAAUGAAAAAUACAUUAUGGUUAUUGUAGAUGCUUGUAUGGAGAACAGUUGGAAGACGCAUAGGGAUAUGAUUGCCUGCCGUGAAACGAUUAAUUUUCAGUGUGUGGGCAUGUUUCCAAAGCCAUCUCCUGCUUGUGGUAUCUUCAGUGAGAGUCGUGGGUCUUACCUAUCUAGUGUACCAUUUGAUCAAACAAUACAGCUACCAAAUGGAACAUAUAGUAUCAGUCUGAACAGAGUGUAUGGGAUACAGAGCUGGGUGAACCAUACAGAUAUUACCUUCCGUUGCUAUGUGUUUAUUCAAGGUACCACUUGGAGAACAGGGAUUAAGUAUAAACUCUUUGGAGAAAAAGGAUGCCCUACUGAUAGCCUUGCAAUCCAGAAUGGCUACUAUAACAUAACAGAGGGAAACACUUGUUGGGGUUUGCCUAAAGAAGGUAUCAGAGUCACAUACCAUUGCUUUGAGCAUUACACUUUAUCUGGUCCACCUACUUUACUUUGUCAAAGUGGUUUCUGGGUAUCAGAGAUAACAGUUUCAGAGAGGAAAUAUCCUUUAUGCAUUUGUGUCCAGUCCCAUUAUUCCAUUUAACACCACGAAAUAGGUAUUAUAGUUAUUGUUUCAUUGUUAAAGUGUUUAUUUUCUGUAUUUGUAAAUUUAUUAUUGUCAGAUUGUAUUUAAUGUCAAAUGAUUUUCCUUCUUUUACUUUAUUAUUUCAUUGUUUUGUAUUGAUCAGUUGUUGACCUUAAAUUUUGUUAUUUAUGUGUUCAUACUUUAUAUACUAUAUCCAGUUUGUAGCUAAAGUUUACCAGUAUCCACAUUUUAACAGCAACUAUUAUCAUUUUGCUAAUGUUGUAGUGAUGAUUCUUUUUAAUUUCAUAUACAGCACUGUCAUUAAUUACUUAUCAAAGCUACCUACAUAACUCAGAACUAAAAAUUAACUCAGUAAUGAUUAUAGAUCAUUUAAUAUACAGUUCUUACUUAUAUAGAUUACAGUGCAUUGAUUCAUCAUUUGGUACUCUCCCUGUUAGCCAUAUUUUUUAGCUAUAAACCUUCUAAUAUGUCUCAUGAGGUUUGGCCAGCUUAGGAGAUAUAGGUAGUCUUAAACCCAUUUACUAAGCUAACAAUGCAAUAUAUAUAUAUAUAUAUAUUAAACAAUUAAACCAAUACUGUUAAUGAAACUAACAUUAAAGAUAAAACAUAAUAGUUGUUUGCUUCAAGCACUAUUAUUGAUUCCCUGUCACUUGAAAAUGUAUUAUGUAUUUUAAAAUUUAAACUUUGCUGUGUACAGUUGUUCAUAAGAAAGAAAUUAUAAAAGCAAUGUUGUACUGGUUUCACACAUGUUGAUGCUUUUACUUUUAAUAGUAUAAUAGUAAUAGUUUAAAAAACAAAGAAGAAAGCAGACCUGGGAAGUGUAUAUUUAGAACCUUGAUGGAGUCACUUAAUGUAUUUCUGUGAGUAGAUUUCCUUAACCCCUUGUUUACCAUAAGGGCAUAUGAAGUAUACUUGCUAUUUCUCUUCUCAGGGACUGUAUUGGAAUAUUUUGGUGUGGGAUUUUUUACACUGAAUCCAGUGAUAUAUAUAUGAUCUGUAGAUCCUUUAAUAAAUAUACAAUAAAUAAAUCAAAUAUAAAAUAUUUGAUAUUUUUUCAAAUUUAACAAAUUUCUUUAGAUCUUGAGAAUGCAAAUACCUGGUUGUGAAAGGGUUAAUAAUCUAUGGUGAUCUGUUGUAUAUAAAAUCCACAAAACAUUAGAACUUAAUUCUUUAUGAGUAAGCUGUCAUUGGAGUACUCUGUUUGAGGUGAAGUAUCAAUGGAACAGUCCAUUCUGCUCCUACACUACAUUCCAAUUGGAGUACUAUCUGUUUGGAAUGCAGAGUUUGAGUUUUGGCAACAGUGACCAGUCAAUGUUCGGUUCCCACUCUUUUCCAUAUUAGCUUUAGCAGUUUGUCCACUGCACUUAGUAUUCUCAGUCAGAGAACUGCUCACACAACAAGCCUUUGCAGGAUAGUGAAUGGUGUCAUCAUUUGAAUCAUAGUGUGUACUUAGCCAUGAUGCAAAAAGCAUAGUUAUUUCUCAGUCUAGUGAUCAUCAGGCAAUCAUUUCUUUUCAUUCUUUGAAAUUUACCAGACACGGAAGUGACCUUAUAUAUAAUAUUUAAAGUGUGUAUAAAAGUUUCCCCUGCUGGUUUUAUUCAUUUUACUUAUGAGGAUGAAAUUCUUUCACCUGGAAGAAGGUUCAUGAAUCAGUGAAAAAAUGUAGGUCUUGAAUGAAAAUUCACUCUGAUUAGCUCGGACUGUGAAGUAUUUCAUUGCUCUUACAAAAUCUACAUGCACUGAUAAGUUUAAUUAUUUAUCAUAUUUCUUUUAUUCUGACCUUUCAUAUUUCACAGAUGCAAAUUAUGAAGGAAGUGUAUUAUUGCACGAGAAGCAAAGUGUAGCAUGACCAUUACCCACAUACUACUACUACACUAAUCUUAAUAGUUAAGAUAUUAGCUUCUUCUUAACUGUAUAUUUUAAUUACCUUUGUCUGAUCAUCUAAUGUAAAAGUUUGUAUAUGUAUCCUUUUUUCAUGAUUAUGUUGCACUUUUUUUAUGUUUUAAAUUAAAUUAAAUUCCAGUUGUUGCUGUGUUUGAGUAGCUACAAUUUCUAUAGAAAUAUUUGUAUUAAAAAACAGUGUAAGAUUUAUCCUUUCGUUGUGUUAGAACAGUAAAUAAAUUUUAAGUAUUGUUGCAAAAUGUUAUUUUAACAACAUCUACAGGAUAAAUUCAAAUGACUUGAUAUAAACAGAUAAUUUUUGUCAUUUCUGU